AUGAGGGGUAAGUCAAAGGAUAUAAAAACAGUUUCAUAUAGUUUUAAUACAGUAGGUCCAGUCACCUACUUCGGUGAUAUGUUUCCUGUGGAUUACACACUUCAGCUCAAUUUGUGCACAGGUACGUGUAUAGACUUCAGACCGGACAAUGAGAGCGAACUCCUUGUAGGAAUUGACACAGGCCUCGUUAUCCAGUGUUCCGUCUCCUGUUCCUCACACACUUUUAUCCGUUACCCCGCCCACUCUGCGCCCGUGAGAGAUGUGGGCUGGAACAAGUAUUACUACAAGAUCUUCAUCUCUUGUUCCAUAGAUUGGUCGGUCAAAGUCUGGCUCCAGGAUAAUACGACGCCCCUUAUCACCUUGGACAUGGGGGGCUCCGUGGCCGCCGCCAGCUGGUCGGCCUUCAGCAGCAGCGUCUUCGUAGCGGUGACAGACGAAGGUCGGAUAUACGUGUACGACCUCCACGUCCGGCAGUCACGACCUCUGUGCGUUCAGAGUGUGAUGCAGAAGCGGCGUGUGGUGAUGACGAGCCUCUCCUUCAACACGUACCACCCGAUCAUCCUCAUCGGCGGCGAAAAAGGCCACCUGAUAUCACUCAAGCUCUCGCCAAAUCUGCGUCAGGUAAACAAGGACCCGCGAGACAUGGAGGAAAUGACACACAAAGAAGUGGAAGUGUGCAAGAUGGAGAGACUCAUCGCCGUAAACAAGGGCUGGCAUAUGCAGGGCAAAAUGCCAUGGCUCAACUGGAGUGUGUACCACAGAGACCCUGUCCUAGCUGAUCUGGUAGAAUAUUACUUGAUGGAAAACUUGCCCAGGCCGUUUGUGCCAGCGACUCCUGGCUAUGGAUUUGGCGACAGUGGAGCGCAGCUGGUGGCAGGUUUCAAGCUCCUCCACCUCAACUGA